AUGUCAGUAGCAUCACAAAUGGACCUGCCUGAAGAAAUUCAGCAUCUGUAUACCAAUUUUUCUGAAUGGAAAUUCAAGCUGUUUAAAGUGAGAUCAUUUGAAAAACUGCCUUCUGGUGACAUAAACACGGGUAAGGCAGAAGUUGCUUCUUCAAGGAAAGAAAUCAUAUUGUGUAAAGAUGAAGCACUGCCAAGAGGAGAAAACAUGGACUUAAUGGGCAAUAGGCAGGCACUUGAGAAUUAUGACAAAAACAUGAAAACACAAGACAAUAAAGCACACCAGAACAAUCUGAAGCAACUUUGCCGCAUCUGUGGAGCUUCAUUUAAAACUGGUUGUUACAAGAGAACUCACCCAGUACAUGGGCCGGUAGACGAUGAAACUCUGUGGCUUCUAAGGAAGAGAGAGAAAAAAGCAACCUCUUGGCCAGAUCUUAUCUCUAAGGUUUUUAAGAUUGAUGUGCGAGGGGAUGUUGAUAGUAUCCAUCCCACUCGAUUUUGUCAUGAUUGUUGGAGCAUUAUCCAUAGAAAAUUCAGUAAUACUCCAUAUAAAGUAUGUUUUUCUAGGAACAGCACGAAGGAGUGGCAACGCCACUCUCCAAACUGUGAUGUGUGCCACACUACCCGUCAGGGAGUCAAGAGGAAAAGCCAGCCACCCAGUGUACAAUAUGGCAAGCCUGCAAAGACCAUUGCAGAAUGUGCUCAAAUAAACAGAAAUGUAAAGAACCAAGCACAGAUAAACAAACAUUUAAUGAAAGAGAUUGUCAGUUGCAAGAAUAUACAUCUCAGCACCAAGCUUCUUGCAGUUAAUUACCCUGUAGAUUUCAUUAAAUCUAUCUCUUGCCAGAUCUGUGAGCAUAUUUUAGCAGAUCCAGUGGAAACAUCAUGUAGGCACUUGUUUUGCAGAACCUGCAUCCUUAAAUGUUUCAAGGUUAUGGGCAGCUAUUGCCCCUCCUGCUGGUAUCCUUGCUUCCCUACUGAUCUGGUCACCCCAGUGAAAUCAUUCCUGAACAUCCUUGAUAAUCUGGGUAUAAGAUGCACUGUAAAGGAAUGUGAGGAAGAGAUUUUGCACAAAAAAUACGGUCAGCACCUCUCCAGCCACAAGGAGAUGAAAGACAGAGAGCUCUACAGCCACAUAAAUAAAGGUGGCCGACCAAGGCAGCAUCUCCUGUCUUUGACCAGGAGAGCUCAGAAACAUCGUCUGAGAGAACUGAAGCGCCAAGUCAAGGCUUUUGCUGAGAAAGAAGAGGGAGGUGAUAUAAAAUCUGUAUGCAUGACUUUGUUUCUGCUAGCUUUAAGAGCAAAAAAUGAGCACCGACAAGCAGAUGAAUUGGAGGCUAUAAUGCAAGGGAGGGGAUCUGGACUUCACCCUGCAGUCUGCUUGGCAAUCCGAGUCAAUACGUUUCUCAGCUGUAGCCAGUAUCAUAAAAUGUAUAGAACAGUAAAAGCUGUCACUGGAAGGCAGAUCUUUCAGCCUUUGCAUGCUCUUCGCACUGCUGAGAAAGCCCUCCUACCAGGUUAUCAUCCAUUUGAGUGGAAACCUCCCUUGAAAAAUGUAUCCACUAACACAGAAGUGGGAAUUAUUGAUGGACUAUCAGGAUUGCCACUCUCAAUUGAUGACUACCCCGUAGACACAAUUACAAAGAGGUUUCGGUAUGAUGCAGCCUUGGUUUGUGCCUUAAAGGACAUGGAGGAGGAGAUCUUGGAAGGCAUGAAAGCAAAAAACCUGGAUGACUAUUUGAAUGGUCCCUUCACUGUGGUAGUGAAAGAGUCCUGUGAUGGAAUGGGAGAUGUCAGUGAAAAGCAUGGAAGUGGGCCUGCUGUCCCAGAAAAGGCUGUUCGCUUUUCUUUCACAGUCAUGAGCAUUGCUAUAGCACAUGGGAAUGAAAGCAAGAGAAUCUUUGAAGAAGUAAAGCCCAAUUCAGAGCUGUGUUGCAAGCCCUUGUGCCUUAUGCUGGCUGAUGAAUCAGACCAUGAAACUCUGACGGCAAUCCUGAGCCCCCUCAUAACAGAAAGAGAGGCUAUGAAAAACAGUGAACUGCUACUUGAAAUGGGAGGCAUCCUGAGAACAUUCAGAUUCAUCUUCAGGGGUACAGGGUAUGAUGAGAAACUUGUGCGGGAAGUGGAAGGGCUGGAAGCCUCAGGUUCCACUUACGUUUGUACCCUGUGUGACGCAACCCGUCUGGAGGCAUCCAAGAAUGUGGUCUUCCAUUCCAUAACCAGGAGCCAUGCUGAAAAUCUGGAGCGAUAUGAAAUAUGGAGGUCCAACCCAUAUCAUGAAUCUGUUGAUAAGCUCCGUGACAGAGUGAAGGGUGUUUCAGCCAAACCUUUUAUAGAGACCGUUCCCUCCAUAGAUGCGCUGCACUGCGACAUUGGCAAUGCAGCAGAAUUCUACAGGAUUUUCCAGAUGGAGAUCUGUGAAGCUUAUAAGAAUCCUGAUGUGUCUAAAGAAGAGAGGAAGAGAUGGCAGUUGGCUCUUGACAAACACCUCAGGAAGAAGAUGAACUUGAAGCCUAUGAUGAGGAUGAGUGGAAAUUUUGCUAGAAAGCUCAUGUCCAAAGAGACAGUAGAGGCAGUAUGUGAAUUAAUAAAGUGUGAAGAAAGGCAUGAGGCCCUAAAAGAACUAAUGGACCUUUAUCUGAAGAUGAAGCCAGUGUGGCGAUCCUCAUGCCCUGCUAAGGAAUGUCCAGAAUUGCUGUGCCAGUAUAGCUAUAAUUCACAGCGUUUUGCCGAGCUCCUAUCUACAAAGUUCAAGUACAGAUAUGAAGGCAAGAUUACAAAUUAUUUCCACAAAACCCUUGCUCAUGUUCCUGAAAUCAUUGAAAGAGAUGGGUCCAUUGGGGCCUGGGCAAGUGAAGGAAAUGAGUCUGGAAACAAACUGUUUAGGAGGUUCCGAAAAAUGAAUGCCAGGCAGUCCAAAUGCUAUGAGAUGGAGGAUGUCCUGAAGCAUCACUGGCUAUAUACCUCAAAGUACCUCCAGAAAUUUAUGAAUGCUCAUAAAACAUUAAGAAACCAGGGCUUCACCACUGAUCCAGAGGAUACUUUAGAUGACUCCGUGCCACUGGAUAUCUUGGAAAGCAACAGUUCAGGGGAAGUCUAA